AUGACGCGCUCAAAGACAUUACAAAGUGGUGAAGGAACACAGAGGGUAGUUGACGAGAGGUCGCCUUUGUUGUCGAGUACUCGACGGGGGUCGAGUUCGUCAGGUGAGAGCUCUUUGACUUCCUCGUCGUCUAGCGCAGACUCGGACGGCCAAUACCUUCCAUGGCAUCUCACACGGCCGUCAGAAGUCGUCGAUUCGAGCGUCGAUGUCGAACAAGUAGCACCCGUUGCAACCGCCAGCGAUGAUGCAAAGCUACAAGCCAGAAAGACCUCGACUUGGGCAGUUGUCAAGAUCGUGUCUAUCCUGCUGGUUGGAACUUUUACUGCGAACGCCGAUGGCUCUUUGGUGAUGGCAACGCACCCAACGAUUGCCUCUGAAUUCGAUGAUCUCGAAAACUCCAGUUGGCUCUUCGUAUCUUUCGCGUUGGCAGGAGCGGCAACUCAGACUUUGUAUGGCAAGCUCAGUGACAUUUACGGGCGGCGUGCCCUCCUCAUGGUGGCUUAUACCUUGUUUUCCGUUGGGUGCGCAAUGGUCGGCGUCGGUCGCACAAUGUGGCAAGUCGUGCUUGGACGGGUCAUUUCAGGAUCUGGUGGCUCAGCAUUGAACGUCCUCGGGCUGCUCUUGGUGACAGAUCUCGUCCCACUCCGUGACGUGGCUGCGUGGCAAGCAGGUAUCAACCUGGCCGCAACAGUAGGACGAAGUCUUGGUGGACCUGUGGGAGGUUGGCUAGCCGAUACCAUUGGAUGGCGAUGGUCUUUCCUCGGCCAGGCACCCAUUUUCCUACUUGCUGUCUUGCUGUGUUGGUUUUUCCUGCCAAAAGGCAAGCAAGUGGGCAAGAGUGAUGAAGGUGUUGAAGCAAGCGGCAAGCCCAUCAACGGCAAAAAGAGCUCUCUAGCGAGGAUCGACUUUCUUGGCGCUGCUUUAUUGGCACUCUUCAUCUUGACCUUUCUCCUCCCGAUUGAGAUUGGAGGUACCAAGAUACCUUGGAGCCACCCGCUCAUCUUCGUUCUCUUUGGCGUAGCUGUCGUGUUUGGUGGACUCUUUGCCGCCGUUGAGGAGUGGUGGGCUAAAGAGCCAAUCUUUCCCCUGGAACUGUUGAAGCAUCGCGACAUUAUCUUGACGUACGUCAUUAGCGGUGGGCAAGUCGCAGCUCAACUCGGCCUCAUGUUCUCCGUCCCGCUCUAUUUCCAGGUGACACAGCGUGUCUCUAACACUGUUGCUGGAAUACAUCUCUUCCCCGCUGUCUUUGGGAAUGCCAUCGGUGGCGUCCUUGCUGGAUAUCUGAUCAGAAAGUUUGUCAAUCCCGAAGAUGCAAGUUGUUUGGAGCGACAUGCUGACUUGCACAGAACCGGUCGUUACAAAUCUCUAUUGAUAAUUGCGACGAUCGCAUCGAUGUUCUCCUACUCGCUUUUGCUGCUUCGGUGGCAUGGAGAUACAAAUGCUUGGGAGUCGCUUUACAUCGUACCUGGUGGGUUUGGGGCUGGCCUGGUACAGUCGGCGGGUUUCAUCAGCAUUCAAGCCGCAGCCAACCCCAAGCACAAGGCCGCAGUGACGUCGGGAAUGUUUUUGACAUUCCAAAUCGGCAUGAUCCUCGGCCUGUCAUGUGUUAGUGCCGUCAUGAUGGAAACGAUGAGAUGGCGGCUAGACGCAUUGCUGGAAGGCAUGGACCUCAGCGCAGUUGUGCGAAAGCAGAUUAUCGCAAAAGCGACAUCGAGUGUUGACUACAUCGAUCAUGCGGAUGAAAAGGUUUCAGCAGCCAUCGUGCAGGCGUACGUCGAAGGUUUGGGAUUUAGCCACGGUUUCUCACUCAUCUCAUCAGCGCUGGCACUAAUCGCGGCUAUUUUCGAAUCCGCAAUCAUGCCGCCCAGGCGUUUGCGUCUCGACUUCUCCGCCGCUGAGCUACACGCCUUGGGGAUAACACCCGACAUGGACCCUCGCACGUUAGUAGAAGUGCUCCAGAGACUCCACCAGAGACUACAAACCAGCGUCCAAGAGGCUUCAGUACAACCACGGGAAGAGCAAAAGAAUCCCUGUCAUAACUGUCUUGACCGCUAUCACAAGACGAAACAUUGCCCGUUACCCUGCGGCCACUGCGGCCAGGCAUGGCACAACGUCGCCGCCUGCACUAGCUCCAAGCGCAAUCGUUGCCGCUGCAGCCCCUUUCCCCAACGACACCUCGCCAAGCAAUGCCCCAAAAUGUGUACGCCGGGCGAAUGUCCCACCUUUCAUAUGGGCGAUGGGAUCACAGCCAUGAUGUGCAAAGCCCGCUGCUGCAUGUGUGGUAUCCCGGACCAUGCCGGUCGCGAUUGUCACCUCAAGAAGUGCCGCUGCGGAGGGCAGCACUUGACAGUCGACCACAUGCCUAUGGAUCGACAGUGCGUCGUGGUGAGCUGCCCGCGAUGGUUCUGUGCCAAGCAUUGCCAGGCCUGCGAGGCCGAGCUGGAGAAGCUCAACGAUGAGGUAUGCCAGAGCUGCGGCUCCAAGCAGGAGAUUCGUCCAUCUGUGCCGCGGUCGCACCAAUGGGCGAGUCCUGAUUUUGAAUAUGUGGAUGCAGCGUUGGCAUGGGGCAACAGCAAGUAUGGCAAGGCUAUAUUUGGUAAAGAUGUCGCAUUUUGA